AUGCAAAAUCUUAUUCGGCCACCACGGCCACCACCACUACCACCACCACUACCACCGUUGGGGCCCAAUUUUCCUAUAGGGAACUAUAUCUUAGAGAGAAGAAAUCGUAGAAGAUACAAAGAGAGGCUGAUCUAUAAAGAGAGGCUGAUGUGGUACUUGAUCACCCUCGUGAUGCGCCUAGAACUCCAAACCCGAAACCAGAAACCCAAAGACGAAUGGGUAAUCGUGAUCGAAGAAAAGAUGGAGCAAGUACUUAGAGAAGACGCCAUAACUAGCUGGGAUAAACACUGUAUCUAUAUAGUUCCACACAAUCUUAAACAGAACGACAGGAAUUCCUAUUUUCCUGAAACUGUCUCGCUCGGUCCGUACCACCAUGGCAAUCGACAUCUCCGCCCCAUGGACCAUCACAAAUGGCGGGCGGUAAAUAUGGUCAUGAAACGUAACGAACAAGGGAUCGAUAUGUAUAUUAACGCCAUGAAAGAGCUAGAAAUGAGGGCUCGUGCUUGCUACGAAGGUCCCAUAAAUUUGAACAGUAAAGAAUUUAUCAAAAUGCUUAUUCUUGAUGGUUGUUUUGUUCUCGAGCUAUUCAGAGGGGCCUAUAAAGAAAAUGGAUUCUUGGAACUCGGAUAUGAUCGAAAGGAUCCCGUUUUCGCUAUGCGAGCAUCAAUGCAUUCGAUACAACGCGACAUGGUUUUGCUGGAAAACCAACUUCCGUUGUUUGUUCUAAACCGGUUAUUAGAGCUACAGCUCGGAUCACGGAACCAAACCGGUUUAGUGGCACACUUAGCAGUUCGGUUCUUUGAUCCACUAAUGCCAACAGACGAACCGUUGACCAAAACCGACCAGUUAAAUCUCGAGUACUCGUUGGCUACAGAUAAAGCCUUUGACCCAUUCGUCAUGAACUCACUUGGCGACAAGAGCGGGUUGCAUUGUCUGGAUGCAUUCCGUCGAAGCCUGCUUCAGUCUACGAAAACAGAACGGAGCUUACCACAAAAGAGAGUGUACGGGGGAUUGCGCGUGGUGGACAAGCGCAAAAAACAAAUGAUACACUGCGUCACUAAACUAAGGGAUGGCGGUAUUAAGUUCAGGAAGAGGCAAAGCGACCGGUUUUGGGAUAUUCAUUUCACGAAUGGUUAUCUUGAGAUUCCCAAACUUUUUAUCCACGAUGGUACCAAGUCUCUCUUCCUGAAUCUUAUAGCUUUCGAACAAAACCAUAUCGACUCGAGCAAUGACAUAACAUCUUACAUAGUUUUCAUGGACAAUCUAAUAGAUUCUCCGGAAGAUGUUGGCCACUUGCGUGACUGUGGUAUCAUCGAACACUGGUUAGAGAGCGACUCUGAAGUUGCCGAUUUGUUCAACCGGAUAGGUCAAGAUACAAUUUUUGACAUCAGUAGGGAUAGUCAUUUAUUUGGACUGUCGAAUGCGGCUAAGCGUUAUUAUCUUCACAAUAAUAAGUACUACAGGAAGUGGAAUGCUUGGAAGAAGACCUUGAAACAGAAGUACUUCGAUAGCCCUUGGGGAUAUAUCUCUUUCUUUGCUGCACUUUUCCUCUUAAUUCUUACGUCGUCUCAAAGUUAUUUUGCUGCUUAUUCUUAUUAUAGGCCACCUUCUUAA